UAUACUGUUUCUUUCUUGCAGUGACAACAUAUAUAAAUAUACAUAGUUUUAGCUCAUAUUUCACCCUCUUUUUCUCUCUCUCAUGAUCAAUGGCUGAUAAGGAAAGGAACACUAGCUUUAGCAACCAGCGCGGAUGCGAACCCUGCAGAUCUUUUGGCCAGAAAUGCAGCCAUUUGGUGAAGAAGCAACGAGCCAAGUUCUACAUUCUCCGCCGGUGCAUAGCUAUGCUUAUUUGCUGGCAUGAACGCGAGCGUGGAGAGCCCUGAUGAGUGAUGGUGAAACCACCGGCCUAGGUAGCUUGCCUGCUUGUAUUAUUGGCUUAUUGCAAAAUCUUGAUGAGCCAUAUAUAUACAUAUAUGAGAGUGCAAUUAAUAGGGGAACUUACCUGUUUUCUUUAAUUUUCAAGAUAUAUACUAUCAUUAAUUAUUAAUUAUAGCGUUUAUCUUGAAUUUGGCUUGUCAAUAUGGACUAUUCUAUCUUAGCUAGAUCCCUGUAUCUUAGCUUCUAGCUCUCAAGAUUCUAAUUAAGUUCCUUGUAUAUUUUCUUCUCCUCAUUUUCUUGUCAAACAAACAGACUUUGUUUCAA